AUCUCGGGAUCGUCCCUCAAGCUAAAGCUCUUGCGCACGUUUCAGGUCCUCGUUAAAGUGAUUCUGACACCGGCGUGCGCGCGCCAGGUGAAGGCUGAAGUUGUGCAGGGUCGGACGGUGGUGAAAUGUUCAAGGAGGCCAGUUGAACCUGGAGAGUCCCCUUGCGCUCCUUGCGUCCCUCCUCACGCCUUUCCUCCCACUUUUUCCAACCCACUUGCUUUCAGGAUCCCACGCAAAAACCGCAAGAUCAUAUAGCAUUCCACCCAAAACCCCCUUCAGAAAUGGGCACAACAAACAGCACACCAACCUCCUCCCAGCAAACACCCCUCUCCAAGCUCGACGCCGAAUUCCUCACCCAAUACGCCGCCCUCAAAUCCCGCGCCCUGAACUGGUCAAAAGAAUCCGUGCUGAUCCUCAAAGGGAAUGAGUUUAUCCUGUUGUCGUUGCCUAGCCCGCGGCCUGCGUCUGUUGGACUGGUUGAGGAUGACACGGCGGGGAUGACAACACAGGGGAGGAGGGGAUCUUUUUGCCUCCCCACAAGUCCCACCCGCCGUUCAACAAAUGGUUGCGCAUCCCAACAAAGACAACAUCCCUCCCUCACCCCCCACCCGCACCUAACACGCACAACACACACCCUCCACAUCCCCCUCUUCCACGAGCUCAAAUCCCUCUGCCACAUCCCGUUGGCAAUCCUCGCCGCCAUCGCGGGGGACAUUGACCACCGUCAGGCAAGGGCGGCGUUGAGGAGGGUUUGGGAGGGGGCGAGGGAUGUUGAGAGGACGAUGCGGGACGGUGGGGGGUAUUGUUUGAGUGAGGAGCAGAGGGAGAGGAAUUUGGAGUUGGUGCGGAGGACUGUGGUGUUGUUGGAGGGGGUUGUUGGUGGGGAGACGAGGGAAGAGCGGGUUGUAAUUGUUGAGAAGGAUGGGAGUGAAUUUGAAGGAAAGGGUGUGCUGACGAAAGACGAUGUAAGCACGUACAUCCGGUCGCUCCGGCAGACCUUCUCGCGCAACAUGUGGGACGCUACGCAAGAUUGUCUACUGGCCAUGGACGCCGCCCUCCGCUCCAUUCUCUCCGAGCACGUAGAAACACUACAUGGCAAGAAACUGCAUAUCGUAGUCCAGGGCGAACACAUGCCCGCCCGCGACAACAUGUUCGUCCAAUACUUCUUAGCUGCGACGGGGACGGAGAAGGAAGGGGAGGGGGUAUACUACUGCUCGCCGAAGCUGAGUGAGGAGGAGGUUGUCGGGAUCGUGCAGCAGCAUAUUACGGACGGGUUGGUGGGGUGGCAGGUUUUUGGGGAUAGGGAGAGGAUGCAUUCGGAUUUGCUGGCGCCGUCGGCGCAUAAGAUACUGGAUGAAUGGAAGGCGGAGGGUAGAUUGCCGUAUGGGGAGCUGCUAGAUGGGAGAGAGGCUGCUCAAAUGAAGUGCCCAUUUUUGAAUGGAAGUCUCUGAUGCAACUACUCAGUAACCAGCUCACUGAUUCUGCGGAGAGGCUUGAACGAACAAUGCGAAGGUGUAAAUGUGAAAUCACGAUGUCAAAAGACAGUAAUCAAAAAGGUUAUGGGGACAGUGUGAUGAAGUGCGGGAAUAUGUUGGUUCCCUAGAGUAUAUAUUGCGCAACGGAAC